UUUAAGGGAUUUCUUCAUUCAACAAAUCUGGCGGUAAUCAGAUGUGGAUAUAUAAAUGUCACAUAUCACCAUUUAGCUAAAAAUAAUACAUGAAGAUUUGACUUUUGGGCCAUAUCUCCCAGCCCCUAUCAGAUUAACAUAGAUGAUAUUUUUAAAAAGACAUGAAGGAUGCUGCCUUAAAAAUUAAAUCACACUGACAGGAUCUGGCCCACAGAGAUGAUGACAGCAGCCAUUUCCUGGCUUGUUUCUCCACUGGUGAUUUCACCUCAAAUCUGACUUCUUUGCCAUGUCAUGAGGAAAUUUCCCUCUGCUGGCCAUGCCUGACGUGUGUAAUUAACUUGGGCAAACAGAGCGGGUCUUUGGGGCCUCAGCUGGUGAGGAUGUGACGCCGUCAGCCACAGUUUGUGAUUUGGAUUGAUAAGAUGGUUUAACUUUUAAGCACAAAUCUUGGCAAGUGGCGCUCUAAAUCUCAUUUACUAAUAAACAGGGGCUGAUGAAAUAAUCCUGGCACUAUUCGGGGUAGCUGGUUAAGCAGAACUGGCAGUAGUAAUGUUGUUUUCCUGCAGGGGAUGAGCACAUUUGACUUUAUCUGACAGGACUGAUUAAAUGCCAGCUCUGGCAACUACAGGAUGGACAGCGCAGAGGGAGGAAAUGCUUAGAAGAAUCAUUUUGAAGCGUGACGCAUAAUCGCCCACGCAGACUCCUGUUAAUCACAAUUAUUUCAGCAGUCAUUUGAACUAAUAAUGAAAUUAAAAGUUUGAUUUAGCCGUGUUCUUUUUUCAGGCACCCACUUUUUUCCAGUCUCAGCAUAUUGGUGUAGUUUUAUGGAAAAGUUUGUUUACAAAGAAAACUUACUGAUCCACUACCCAGAGACUUCUGCAGCAUGGAGCAAUCAUUUCUUCUCUGUAGUCAACUCUGCAAUCUAUGGUUCCUGCUGGGCGACUGUAAUGUUCACUACUGUAUCCUUCAUAAGCAGUUAAACACAACAAAAGAAAGCUGUUCUGGGCUAUGCAGUGAGCCCAUCUUCUGAAAGUGUUUCUCUCUCUGUGCCAAAAUGUGCCUUGAAAAGAGGCGGCAGCACUUUCGGGGUUUAUCGUUCAAGUUGGUUGGCUGAUGCCUUGUCAGCAUGUGACACAAGACUGGUGACAAAUCCGUCAGUCUUUCUGGAAUACUCCAUGAGAGGUGGGGUUUGUGCAAGAGUGCAAUUAAUGUUUGAAUACAGACGGAGAUGCCAAUCAUAAAAGCCACAGAAGAGACAAACAUCUUUGUUAUGAUUGUUACAUAGGGGCCUGGUUCCCUUUGCCACAAAGCACGUGCAUUUAAGUGUACAGUAUUUAAUAGCUCUACUACCAACUAAAAUAACUGGUGUAAAGCUGGGUCUAUUCUUUUGAGUAAAAUGUUGCUCCUAUUUCUAAACAAUAAGCCCUGCAAGUAUAAACUAAGUAGUAUCUAUUGAUCCAACAACAAACUUUUUCUGUAAAUGAAUAACUUUAAAGUUCUACAUAAUAUAUAGUUGUGCAAAUCUUUCUUAUAAUUAAUAUAUUUUUAAUUUCUUAUGUAUUUUCCUCACUGCAGCUACUUUGGCCUUCCCCUCCUGGGUGUAGUGCACCAUUUUCGCCACUAGGCGGUGGUAAAUCCCCGAGUAUAAUAUGGAGCAUCGGCACCGCCAGAGUGAGGCUCAUCAGCCAAUGAGCUUUCACCAGGAAGUACACGGACAUUCACGGGGAAAUUACGUCGGUCCACUCACUGCAGCACCAACGUGCUAACGGCAAAGUAUCCAGGAGCCUAAGCAGUGUUGCAGUCAUGUGGCCCGUGGUCUGGACAGCGAUGCGCACCUAUGCCCCUUACGUCACCUUCCCUGUGGCCUUCGUGGUGGGAGCGGUGGGCUACCACCUGGAGUGGUUCGUCAGAGGGACUCCAAAACCCAGAGAGGAGAAGGGCAUCCUGGAGCUGAGGGAGGACAGGAAGUUAGAGGAACAAGCGGGUAUGGACAGCACACAGGUACUUAGCCUAAAGGACAAACUGGAGUUUGCACCUAAAGCGGCGCUGAACAGAAACCGACCUGAAAAGAGCUAACCCACUGUGCUGGUGGGAGAGACUCGUUUGCAAGCAGAAAGGCGAUGCACUGGGGAAUAAAGAGGAGGAACUCAAUGGACUAAACACCAGCUUUUCCCUUUCAUUUUAAGCAUAGGUCGUCACUUUUGGCCUCCAUGAAAUCUCAGCAUACCUGUGCAAGUAUCAGACACCUUUUCUAUCAUGUGCAUGGAUCUCUAACAUCAAAAGGGCCUUAAAUAUGGAACCUCUAGAUUCAUAAGUCCUGGCAUUAUUGAAACCUCCAUGUCGGCACAAUGACAGAAAUAGUUCCACUGUUUAAUCACACAGAUGCCCUUAUUUUGUCACUUGCUCAAAGAUGAUUAUCACGUUGAAGCCUGUCACAUUGUGUUUCUCCUUUAAUCUUCUGGGAAUGUUCAGGAAGGACUUCUGAUCGUCAACAUGAAAGCACAGAAAGCGAGUCACGUCUGCUGUAAUACUUUUAUCUCACGUUACCUUUGAUGGUAUGUGACAAUGAGCCGACAGCGUGGGAGGUCCCGCAGGAAGUUUAAGCUGCUUAGUGCUAUGGUCAGAAAUAUCUACACAGUACUUUCAUUUUUUAAAGUCUCCAUAGCGCGUAAAAUCAGAGUUUAAGUUAUGUGUGUCUGGAAAAAUGUGAUGAAUAAAGGAAUAUUGUGUUCAUGGA